UCUGGUUUUGAUACUUUGCUAACAAUAUCAUUGCUCAAGAUCAUCAUGGAGGACCAGUUCACACAUGCAUUCUUCUUCAUUACUUUGAUGUUGCUGCUAUCAGAUUGCACUGCAAGAGAUUCCAUGUCUGCAAAUAAAAAAAUCAAAGACGGUGAAACGCUUGUUUCAGAAGGACAAAUGUUUGAGCUGGGCUUUUUUAGCCCAGGGAAGUCGAAAAACCGAUACCUGGGGAUAUGGUACAAGAAGAUAUCAAAGGGUACUGUUGUAUGGGUUGCUAACAGGGAGACACCAAUCACAGAUCGAUCAGGCAUGCUCAAACUCAGCACACACGGAAAUCUGGUGAUUCACAGUGGCGGCAACCCCAUGGUCUGGUCAUCCGGUUCAACAACGGUAUCUGUUCAGCGUGAUAGUUCGGUGGUGGUGCAGCUUCUAGAUUCCGGAAAUCUUGUUGUGUGGAAGAGAAAUAGUACCAACAACGUUCUGAUCUGGCAAAGUUUUGACUAUCCUGGUGACACACAUCUAGCGGGGAUGAAAUUUGGUAAGGAUUUGGUAACGGGGUUAGAGAGGUUCUUGACAUCUUGGAAGAGUCCUGAUGAUCCAUCUAUUGGUGUGUAUAGGAAUAUUAUGGACACAAAUGGAUAUCCACAAACUUUAGGGUGGCAAGGUGAAGUUUUACUAGCAAGAGUUGGACCAUGGAAUGGUGUUGGUUUUAGUGGAUUUCCUACUGAAAAGGAAAACCAGAUUUACUCCACGGAGUUUGUGAUCAAUGAGAAGGAAAUCUAUUUGAAAUAUGAACUUAAAAGUUCAGUUGUUCAAAGAGUAGUUUUGACAUGGGAUGGCAAGACACUGUUUUUGCAUUGGAUUGAGCGGAUCCAAGACUGGGUUGUGUAUUCUGAGGGUAUCGUAGAUAGUUGUGAUCGUUAUUCACUUUGUGGUCCUUUUGGAGUCUGUAGCAUUAGAAGGCAUCCACCUUGUACAUGUAUGCAAGGUUUUGAACCAAGGAAUCCAGAAGAAUGGAAGGCAUCUGAUUGGGUAAGUGGCUGUAAACGCAAAAAGCCUUUGAAUUGUGGGAAUGGGGAUGGGUUUUGGAAAAUUUCACGAAUUAAGGUACCCGAUACGCGAAGGUCGUGGUAUAAUGUGACCAUGACUCUAGCAGAAUGUGAGAUAGCCUGCAAAAGGAAUUGCUCUUGUACAGGCUUUGGAAGUUUAGAUAUAAGAAAUGGUGGAAGUGGAUGUUUGCUAUGGUUUGAUGAGCUUAUGGACACUAGAGAGUAUGAUGGAGAUCAAGAUAUUUUCAUAAGAAUGGACGCCAAUGAGUUAGAAGGUCUUUUGGACUCCCUGUCCGAUUUCAACAAAAUGAAAAGAGUGAUUAUUGUGGUGGUUUUCACUUCGUUAGUUGUGCCACUUAUCUUCGCAAUUGCAUAUGCCUGUAGAAAGAUAAAUAGCAGGCCUCACACGAAAGGGCGAGGAGACCAGUUUGUUGAGAAGAAUACAAGUCUGCCGAUGAAACAUCUUGAUGAUUUACAAUUUUUUAGCCUUUUUGAAGUAGCAAAGGCCACAUGUAACUUUAGUGUUUGCAAUAAGAUUGGAGAAGGUGGCUUUGGUCCUGUUUACAAGGGUGCGUUGGAAGACGGAAGAGAAAUAGCUGUGAAGCGGCUCUCAGAAACAUCCCAACAAGGCCUCGAUGAAUUCAAGAAUGAAGUCAUUUGUAUUGCAAGUCUUCAACAUCGGAAUCUUGUGAAGCUUCUUGGAUAUUGCAUUCAUCAAAAGGAACUAAUUUUGAUUUAUGAAUACUUAUCUAACAAAAGCCUGGACUUUUUUCUCUUUGAUGAAACAAGAAGUUUGAUGCUUGACUGGUCUAAGCGCUUUAAUAUAAUACAUGGGACCGCUCGAGGUAUUCUGUAUCUACAUCAGGAUUCGCGUCUUCAAAUUAUCCAUAGAGAUCUGAAGGUUGGUAAUAUAUUGCUGGAUAGUGAUAUGAAUCCAAAAAUAUCUGACUUUGGCCUUGCUAGAAACUUUAUAGGACAUGAUACCACUGCUAACACAAAGAAAGUGGUCGGGACAUGUGGUUACAUUUCUCCAGAGUAUGCAGCACACGGGCGUUUCUCUAUAAAAUCAGAUGUAUUUAGUUUUGGUGUUAUAGUGUUGGAGAUAAUUAGCGGGAUAAAAAACCGAGAAUUCUUUCAUGGAGACCGCAGUGAUAACCUUCUUGGACACGCAUGGAGACUCCAUCAAGAAGGUAGGUCCAUUGAAAUAAUGAGUGCAACUUUAGACGACUCGUGUGUGGUCUCUGAAGUACUAAGAUGUAUACAUGUUGCACUAUUAUGUGUGCAACAUCAUGCAGAAGAUAGGCCAACUAUGUUGUCAGUGGUCCUAAUGCUGGUUAGCGAGGGUGUGUUGCCUCAUCCUAAACAACCAGCUUUUUUCGCUGGAGAAAGCGAUAAUGAAGUUCGGUCUGGGUCAUCGGUUGAUGAAUACACAAUAACAAAAUUGUAUGCUCGAUAGAAAGCACGUUUAUGACUUGACUAUGUCAAAUGCCUGUAAUUUUUAUAUCAUCUUCUCAUUUUCCUUUUGAUGGUUUGUGGGGAUUCAACAUAAAUUUAAAGGCUGAUUUUUGUACAA